CUUAGCAAAAAAAGAUAAAUUAUUGUUGUUAUUGUGAUAGCAAUAGGAAAAAUACUCCAUGGAUGAUACCAUGGAAUUGGAACCCAUUGAUAUUGGGCGCCUGGAAGAGACUGUAAUUGCAUUUUACAGAUCAAACUCCCAGGAGCAGGCUAUAACACACGAAUGGCUUACGAGGGCCGAAAGCUCCAAAUGGGCCUGGCAAUUUUCCUGGGAACUUAUGCAGCCCGGCAAGGUUCAAGAAGUGCAAUUUUUUGGCGCAAUUACGCUACAGUCUAAACUGAUGAAGUACUGGCACGAGGUGCCACCUGAAAGUCGUGAGGAACUAAAGCAAAAGAUUCUGUCAACAAUAUUGCAAUUCGCUGGCGGUCCAAAAUUGGUGCUAAAUCGACUUUGCCUGUCGUUGGCGGCCUAUAUAGUGCACAUGCUGGAUGAAUGGCCCCAUGCCAUUGAGGAGGUGAUUGAUUCAUUUCAAAGUCAACGCAUGCCAAAUGUCAGCCGCGAGGUGCAGCUAUGGAUAAUGCUAGAGGUGCUGAUGGGCAUACCAGAGGAGGCACAGGUUAUACACACCUCUGUAAAGCGUGCAGCGCUGCGAGGAGAAAUCGGUAAACGAGUGCCGUUGGUGCUGCAGACUGCAGAAACCUACUUGAAGCAGCAGCUUCAGUCUGAAGAAUGGGACGACGAAGCCCAUGGCAACAUGUUGCGUGCAGUCAAGGUUGUUAGCGUCUGGAUUAGAAGCAUUGGCUACUCGAUUGAAGGCUGCGUGACUAUCUGUGCUGUUAUGCUGGAGAUAGUUAGGAAAUGCUAUUGGCCCUGCAUACGCAGCGGUGUAGGCUGCUUGUCUGCCGAUGAGAACGAGCUGGCCGAAACCUGUUUAAAGGCCAUGGUUAAUAUUAUAGUGCAGCCAGAUUGCCACAAUUAUCCAAAGACGGCCUCACUUCUAAUAAAAAUGUUUCUGGACUCACUUUCCGAUAUAACAUGCUUUGAAUGGAAGCGAGAGAAUGAAAAUGAGGAUAUUAUUGUGCAUAUAUAUAUGCUGUUCGUGUCUGCCGUGGAACGGCAUUCAAACUUGUUUCUAUCCGCCAUUACGUCUAAUAAUCCGGAGUUGCAUACAAUAUGGACUCGGAUGGUGAACGAAAUAUUGCACUGCACGGAUAAGCCUGGCAUAUAUCCUGUGGAGGAGUCUUGCAGUACCAUGGCCUUGGCUUUUUGGUAUAUGCUGCAAGGAGAUGUCUUUGCCAUGAGUAUCGAGGAGGAGAAGAUCAAGUGUUGGGAGCACAUAAAGCCAUUGUAUGCACAUCUAACUACCAUACUGGUGCGCAAGUGUGAACAACCCGACGAGCAAUCGCUUGACAAAUGGAACUCCGAUGAUUUGGAAUGCUUUCGCUGCUAUCGUCAAGAUAUUUCAGACACUUUUAUGUAUUGCUAUGAUGUGCUGCAAGACUUUAUAUUAGUAGUAUUGGGCAACAUGCUAGACGAGGCUAUUGUUGAGCUACAACAGCAUCCCACACACUGGACAAAGCUAGAGGCUUGCAUAUAUUCAUUUCAAUCGGUAGCCGAGCACUUCAAUGGCGAGGAGUCACGUCAAAUACCCAAACUAAUGCGUGUGCUGUCCGAAAUACCCUAUGAUACGCUCAAUGACAAACUGCUUGGCACAGCGCUGGAGACAGUUGGCUCCUAUUGCUCCUGGCUUGUGGAUAAUCCAACAUACAUACCACCGGCUAUUGAUCUAUUAGUGCGUGGCUUAAGCUCCAGCAUGUCCGCACAGGCAACGCUCGGACUCAAAGAGCUCUCCCGUGAUUGCCAAAUGCAGUUAAGACCAUAUGCAGUGCCGCUGCUGGAUGCUUGUCAAGCUUCACUUGCCACAGGACGCAUGAAGAACUCGGAUGCGGUGCGGCUUAUGUUUUGCGUUGGAAAGCUGAUGAGCUUGCUGCCACCGGAGCAGAUACCAAAUUAUUUGGACAUUAUAGUCAGUCCAUGCUAUGAGGAACUACAGGCUAUCUGUCAGGACCGCAACGUGACAAAACCAGCAUACGUACACUUUUUCCGGCUGAAUAUGAUAUCAACAUUGUUUUCUUCGCUUAAUACGGAUCUGGACGAAGAACAAGAAAAUGUGCAGAAUGAGAAUGUGCAGCCCGUGCUGUUGGUGAUGCAAACGACAAUGCCAAUCUUUAGGCAGAUUGCUGGCAUGUGGGUAGAGGAGAUCGAUGUGCUGGAGGCAGCUUGCAAUGCUUUAAGGCAUGCCAUUGUUAAUUUAAGAGACAGCUUUCGUCCCAUGCUACAGGAUUUGUGCUAUUUUAUUGUAGCCAGCUUUCAGACACGCUGCUGUGCGCCAACAUUGGAGAUAUCCAAGACGGCAAUUGUCAUCUUUUAUCGCGAGGAAAGCUGCCAAGCGUUGAUGAAGCAGCUGCUGUUUGAGUUUAUUAUGCACAGCUUUAAGCUGUUUGAAAAUACGCCCUCGCAGAAUUUCUCCAAUAUAUCAGGACACUAUGGAAAUGUUCUUUGCUUGUCCUUACGCAAAUCCGUCAAGAAGGUGCCUCAACUUUGUUGGAGGAUGAAACCAUUGCAUACGCAUCGACUUGUUUUCUAUGCAACACGUGCCAUGACGCUGCCAGAGAAUGGACCCAUACGCAAUAGUAUACAGUAUAUAACGCACUUUGUGAUGCAGUCUCGUAACCAUGCUCAUAUUACUGAGGUGGUGCUGAAGUCUGGCGAGAUGAUUGUACACACGGCUAUGACUUGUGUGGGCUAUUUGACGCCACGUCAGCAGGUGGACAAGUUUGCAGAUGUAUUUCUCUCGCUAAACAAAAAAUAUCCGGCGGAAUUGAUUCUUUGGCUUAGAGCUGUUAUGAGAGUCUCCAAUUUCCCAACAGACCUUGUGACCGAAGAGGACAAGACACGUUUUGUUUCGUUGAUUAUCAAAGUGAAGGUUAACAAGCGACUGCUGCAACAGCAUAUUAGCGAGUUUGCCAUAAAGUCACGUGGCCUGGUCACUGUGCAAUCUCCAGUGAACUAAACGUUGCUCAAAUUAAUAAUCUUUAAUCCCUCCUUACGUUGAUUUGUAAUUAGUUGCGCUAUGUAAAUGUUCCUUGCUAUUAAGUUUUUUUUUAUCACUCUCUCUCUCUUUAACACUCUCGUUUAUAAGUUCACUUGCUGUUAAUUUACAAAAAGGCUGUUUCUGGACAUAGAUUAACUUUUUAUUCAUAAUUUUACAAAAAUUACAUGCUUUAUCUCUUUUUGUAAUACACCUUUUUAUACAAAUAUUUGUUUUGCUUUUUAGGCUUGUUUUUUGUAAUUUAUUUUUGGCUUAUGUAUAUGCAUCUUAUAUUGAAAACUUUGAUUUUCACCGUUUUCCUGCUUAGACAAAAUUACCUUUUCAUUAUUUUUUAAGUUGUAAUUAUAUUUUUGUAUUGUUCUGCAACUUUCCAUAUGUAUCUAUAAUGCCAAAAAUAUGUAAAUACAUCUCUAUAUAUAAUAUAUAUGUGUCUAUAAUUAAAUGAAGCCAACUCUUUUCUUUAUUACUCUUGGCCUGUACAUGACAAGGGGGCGGUGAUAGCUAAAGAUAUAUUGCAAAAUUAAGAAGCGGAGCGGAUAAAUAGCACUGACUGUGAUGGAUACGAAAUAAAUAUAGUACAUAUGAUAAUAAAUAUAUAGUAGUAUAUAAAACGGUUGUGACUAACUAUCGUUGACUUUGGCCGCUUCUCGAUGAUGUAGAGGGGGUUUUUGUUUUUCUUUCAGCUACAUUGAAGCAAAUACUCCAAGUGUAAAUUUAUCUAAAGGAACAGCUG